GUUGAUGGCACUCGGCCCAGUCCAGUGCCAGUGCCUCAGUGACGAGUGGUUGUGGUUGGGCAGUGCCAGUGCCCAGGGACGGAGAGAGAUUUAUGUGUGUACGAGCCUAGACGAAGCUCAUCUCCUUGCCGCUCCAGCACCAUGGCGGCAGACGGUCGCUUGGUGCUUCUUCUGGCGGUGUCCUGCGUCCUGCUCCUGCCCCGCCACGCCCAGGCCAGCGGCGGCGACAGGCCACGAGUCCGGUGCGUGGAGGGUCACCUGAGACUUGAGGGCGGCGCCAACAGGAACAUUACCCUCAGCACACAAGGGUCUGGAGCUGUGGUGGUGAACGGGGUGGACGUGGCAGGCUCUCUACGGCUGGUGUCGGCAGUUCGGCCUCAGCUGGAGGGUCUGCACAACACUGAUCUGGGCUACCUGGUGCGGAACCUCUCCACGGUGGCCUCCACGGUAGCCUCGCACACCUGGAUUCUCACCUCCAUCACCUCGCUCAACGCCUCCGUCACCAGGAACACGGCCGACGUGAGGACCUUGCAGGGAAACGUUCGCUCACUGAGGACAACGUUCGACCCCCUGGUGGCCAACGUUUCCCGCCUCAGCAGCCAGGUGGCCCUCAUGACCCCAGAGUCCAGCAGGAGUCGCCUUCAGCAGGUGGACUCGCUGCUCGCCUCCCUGCAGCAGUCGACAACCCAGAUGCAACAAAGGCUUCAGGAGGUGACCGGGCAAACCCUUCCCAGCGUGCAGCAGGGGUUGGCAGGGCUCAGAGUCGAGGUCAACACCCUGCCGGAGAUAAGGAACAGACUCCAGGCACUCGAGAGAAGGGUCAACACCAGCACCAGCACCGCCCCCACCACCCCCAGCGGCAGCAUCAACAUCACGUCAGCGAACUAUUUAAUGGCGCUCACGACCCUGCAACGUGAGGUGUACCAGCUCAAGACUCAGCUGCAGGUUGAUGAGUGUCUGGUGGGCCCCUGCCAGAAUGGUGGAACCUGCAUUGAUGGCUUCCUCAGGUUCACGUGCCUAUGUCCCAAGGGCUGGCAGGGCGGUGACUGUAGCCUUGAUGUUGAUGAGUGUGUGCAGUACAUGGGCACGGACCUUGGUUGUCAGAACGGGGCCACGUGCAUCAACAUCCCAGGGUCCUUCAGGUGCCUGUGUCCUCCAGGCAAGUUUGGGGUGCGAUGUGACCAGCAGAGUAACAGUUGUACAGCAAGUAGUGGGUCAGCGCUGUGUGGAGGCCAUGGCACCUGUGUCUCCUCCAGUGGCCAGCAUGGCUACACCUGCAUCUGUGAAGAGGGCUGGAAGUCACAGAAUCAAGGUGGCGGCCCAACAUGUGUGGAUGUGGAUGAGUGCAGCAGUGCGGUGCCUCACUGCUCUCGUAGCCCAGCUGUCCAGUGCAUCAACUACCCCGGCGGCUUCACCUGUGGCCCAUGCCCUCAAGGGUUCAGCGGAAAUGGCUUUCUCUGCAAUGAUGUUGAUGAGUGCCAGACCAGUAAUGGAGGCUGCUCUCCCUUCAGCCAGUGCUACAACACUUUUGGUGGGCGUCGCUGUGGUCCGUGUGCCGCAGGCUACACCGGGGACGGCACAACGUGCACCCCAAGCCUUCGGCCUUGCCAGAUGGCACAGUGCCACCACCUUGCCACCUGCUAUGAAAACCCACAAAUGUCAUCGACGUACUACCAGUGUGUGUGUCCACAAGGCUACCAGGGGUCAGGCAUAGGGCCACACGGGUGCACCCCCCUCCCGGGCACAGGUGGCCAGGCGACACCCUCCAUUGGGUGCAGCAUCCAACCUUGCCUCAACGGGGGCACCUGCACCCAGAGUGCGUACACCUACACCUGCAGCUGUGUCCCAGGCUUCACAGGACGAAACUGUGAGGUGGACGUCAACGAGUGUGCCAGCAACCCUUGCCUGAACGGCGGGACGUGCACACAGGGCAUCAACUCCUUCAGGUGCAACUGUCCCUCCACCCACACAGGCGACCGCUGCCAGACAGAGAACCAGCAGUGUGGUGGGAGUCUGACAGGCACAGAGGGAGUGGUGACUUUCCCUGGGGCAGGCUUCUCGCAGUACAACCACAAUGUCAGCUGUGCCUGGGUCAUCACAGCCCCUCGAGGUCAGGUCAUCAACAUAACCUUCAGCUACUUCCACCUGGAGGGAGGCUCUUGCAGAUUUGAUUGGGUCCAGAUUCAUGAUGGCAGAAGCAGCCGUGACCACCUGCAUGGCCGAUACUGUGGCACCUCCCUCCCUGGAAGCAAUGGCACCAUCAUCACCACCCACAACGCUGUGUACUUAUGGUUCCGCUCUGAUCAUUCGGUGGCGGGCUAUGGGUUCAAUUUCACCUGGAAUGCCACACAGCCAGUGUGUGGCGGAGAGCUGCACGGGCAGGAGUACGGGUCCGUCAGGUCUCCCGGCUACCCUGGCCACUACCCUACUGACCGAGACUGUUACUGGACCAUCAUUGUCUCACCAGGGAAGAGGAUCAAAUUCCACUUCCUAACACUACAGAUAGAGCACCAUGACAACUGCAGUUUUGACUUUCUAGAGGUACGAGAUGGUCUGACAGAGAACAGCCACAGUUUGGGGAAGUACUGCUCCUCCCUGAACCCGGAACCUCUCACCACCUCAGGCUCAGAGGCUUUCAUUCACUUCCACUCUGACGUUUCCUUCUCCGACACCGGCUUCGCGAUCUCCUACAGUGCUGAGCCAGGAAUCCCGGGGUGUGGUGGGCUGCUGACGGGCGACCGAGGGGAAUUCUCAGCACCGACUCUUUCCGACACUUACGAACACAACCUUCACUGUGAGUGGGUGAUCCGAGUGCCACGUGGCGAGAUUGUGCAGCUCAACUUCACGGAGUUCCAACUGGAGCACCACCACGCCUGCCGCUACGACUACAUGGAGGUGAGGGAUGGAGGCAGUGCGGACAGUCCUCUGAUCCGCAGGGCGUGUGGGAGAGACCUGCCAAGCGCUGUGGUGUCAACAGGCCACCAGCUCUUUGUUCUCUUCCACUCUGACUACAGCGUGGCGUACCGUGGCUUCAGGGCGGUGUACCAAGUGGCCUGCGGUGGAGAGUUCACAGGCGAGACAGGACUCAUCCGCUCCCCGUACAACCCUCAACCAUACCCAGGCAACCGAGAAUGCAUCUAUCUCAUCAGCCAGCCGGUGGGCAAAGCAAUUCGUCUCAAUUUCACCUACUUUGACAUUGAGGGCGGAGGAUACUUUGGCUGCGUGUUCGACUAUGUGGAGCUUCGCGAUGGCAGGCGGCCCACAGCGCAUCUCCUCGGCCGUUACUGUGGUCCUGAAGCCCAUCGUCCUCCUCCAGUCCUCUCCACGCACAACUACAUGUGGAUCAAGUUCAGGACAGAUAGCAGCGUCCACAACCGAGGCUUUGUGGCCAACUAUACCACCAUUGACACGACAUGUGGCGGGGUGCUAACUGAAAUGACUGGGGUGAUCAACUCCCCCAACAGCCCCCAGACUUACCCCACCAACACAGACUGCAACUGGGUGAUCGACCUCCCCCCCGGAUAUGUCAUUCAGCUUACCUGGCACUCCUUUGCCCUGGAGAGUCACCGGGACUGCCAGUUUGACUAUGUGGAGGUGUUUGACAACUCCUCCGUCCUUGGGCAAGGUGGACGCAUGGGCACUCGAUUUUGUGGCUCAACUGCACCGCCGAUCAUGACAUCCACCGACAACCUGGUCACCAUCCACUUCCACUCGGAUGAAAGUGUCAAUCAUGAUGGGUUCUCUGCUGUGUAUCACGGCCUAGAUGCUUCUCGAGCUUGUGGGGGACACUACCAUACUGAGACGGGCAUCCUCACCUCCCCGAACUACCCUGACAACUAUCCACAUAACCGCAACUGUGAGUGGACCAUCACAGCCGCUCAGGGCCACCAGAUCCGCCUCACCUUCUUGGACAUGCAGAUGGAGAACACGUCUAACUGUGGAUUUGAUUACCUUGAAAUCAGGAAUGGUGGUUCCUUCACUUCACCGCUGCUAACAAAACUGUGCAGCAUGAACACCACUGUGCCAGACGUGUUUUCCCACAGUCACCAACUCUACCUCAAGUUCUCAACCGACUACUCUGUGUCCUACAAAGGCUUCAAGUUACAGUGGGACGCAACAACCACAGGCUGUGGAGGAGCGUUGACAGGGGAGAACGGGGGCAUCAUCUCCCCCGGGUACCCUCAGCCCUACAGCCACGCCAGCGACUGCUACUGGACCAUCCGGGUGGCUCAGGGCUCCUCCAUCCAGCUACACUUCACAGACAUGGACUUAGAACAAGCCUUCCAGUGCUACUAUGAGUUUGUGGAGGUGCGAGAUGGCAGUACUCAUGAUGCAAGUCUCCUGGGAAAAUACUGUUCCCAGACCCAGGGCCUGAUAACAAUCAAUUCCACCUCCAACACCCUCUGGCUGAGGUACAAGAACCUUGGAGGCUCCAACAGGAGAGGCUUCAAGGCUGUCUAUUCCACAAAUUGUAACCGUGUUCUGAAGGGCCCACGAGGAGUGAUCACCACUCCUAACUUCCCUAAUCCAUACCCACAUCUCCGCAACUGCACGUGGGUGAUUGAGGCGCCACAAGGGAACAGCAUCAACGCCUCCUUCAGUGACUUUGUUUUGGAAGAGCACAUGAACGAAGAGACUGGCGAAUGCUACUACGACUACGUGGAGGUGCGUGAGGCUGAGGGAAGGCAAGGCAGCAGGACUCUUCUGGGGCACUACUGUCGCCGGCCACCGCCACCCAUUGCCACCUCCCCGCGCAACAACAUUUUGGAGGUGAACUUUGUCAGUGACAUGAGUGUGGCAAUGAAUGGCUUCAGGCUGGAGUGGAUUGUUAAUGGCUGCGGUGGAGAGCUGACCAAGUCUCGAGGCAACUUCAACAGCCCUGGAUACCCCAAUGCUUACCCGAGGGAGACGCUGUGUGAGUGGUACAUCCAUACAGACCCAGGGACAAGAAUUGAAAUCACCAUCCAUGAAAUAGACAUUGAGAGCGCUGGCAACUGUGUGUUUGACGUCCUGCAUGUGUAUGGAGGCUCGGACAGCAACUCCCCUCUGCUGACUUCCCUCUGCCACCACCAGCUACACCCCGUCACCGUCUCCUCACAAGGGAAUCGUGCAUUCGUCUCCUUCCAGAGCGACCAGUCUGUGAGGGGAAAGGGAUUUAGCAUCUCCUAUACCAGUCAUCAUGAUGGCUGUGGCGGGCUGUUCACAGCUCCUGAAGGCACCAUCCACACGCCAAAUUAUCCUGACAACUACAACAAUGGGAGCGAUUGCACCUGGACCAUCAAGGUGGAUGCACUUCAUGUGGUUGAACUGAACUUCACCGACUUUAAUGUCCGGUCCACAGCAGAAGACUGUGGGGAUGGGUUUGUGAUGGUAUACGAUGGUGAGGACCUCAAUGCCCCACUGCUCCUCCAACACUGCGGUAACUCUUUGCCUCCUCAGCUGCACUCCACUGGCCGCAGCCUCACCCUGAGGCUCAAGGCUGAUGGACAAGCACCCUCCAAGGGCUUUUCAGCUAAAUACAAAAGGGGCUGUGGAGCAACCAUAUCUGUGGACCUGGAUGGAAGUGGCCAGCUGAUUUCUCCCAACUACCCCAGUCUUUAUACAUCUGGCCUCAACUGUUCAUGGCACCUCAGUGCACCAGAGGGCUCACGCAUACACCUUCACAUCGUUCACAUGGACAUCCACCUCGGCUACCAGAGUAACGACAACUGCACCUCCGACUAUGUCUCCGUACUAGAUGGGGCCCUGCUGGACUCCCCUCAGCGCGGCCGUUACUGUGGCUCCUCCUCGCCUCGGCCUCUCGUCUCCAACGCCAACCACCUCACCGUCCACCUCGUCAGCAACCAAGGUGUCUUCGUGGGCUUCAGGGCAACGUACAGUAUUUUCACGUCCACCUGUGGGGGCGACCUGACAUCAGCCUCAGGAGAGCUGGCCAGUCCCCUCUACCCUGAUCCAUAUCCACUGAACUCUGAGUGUGUGUGGACCAUUGUGGCGGGCCCAGGUAAUCGUCUGCAGCUCAACUUUAUCGACUUUGACGUGGAGGAGUCAAGCGGUUGUAACCAGGACUAUGUGGAGGUGCAUGAGAUGAAUGCUGCAGGUCCCCUCCUCCUCCACAACUGUUCCUCCUCCAGCAGCUCCACCCUGCCACCCUCCGUCACUGUCCACAACACUCUGUGGCUCAAGUUCCGCUCGGAUGGUGUGUCAGCAGGUGGUCGAGGCUUCCUGGCUUCCUACAGCAUUAUGUUUGGCAGUGAACUGUCUGGAACUGAGGGUGAGGUUGUGUCCCCACUGUACCCUCAACGCUACAUGGGCUCCCAGGAUGUGUCGUGGACCAUCAAUGUGCCGUGGUUCGCGUACGUCUCCAUCACCUUCCUUGACCUGGAUGUGGAGGGCGACCCAGUGGACGAUGAGUGUCUUGCAUCCCUUGUGAUUUACAAUGGACGCUCGGAACGACUCAGCCCAGUGUUGGGGACAUUCUGUGGCCACCAGCUGCCCACGGAGCCCAUCGUGUCCAGGGGGAGGAGCGUCUUGGUGCGGCUGAAUGCCAACCACCUCCAUAAGGGCUCAAGGUUCCGCUUCCGCUAUGAGGCUGUUUACACCCGAGGGGAAGUAGGCACUCAGGAGACAGAGUCAGACAGCAACUGUACCUACCUGGUCACAGUGAACACCACGUACCAUACAGGGAUCAACCACCCUGGCUUCCCAGAACCCCCAGCCAACAACCUGAACUGUGAGUGGGUCAUACAGUCACCCACCCCACAUGAACGAGUCUCCAUUAGAUUGUACUUCACUCUUGAGGAGUCAUCCUCUUGCGUCUUCGAUCGUAUUCUUGUGUAUGACGGGCUUGGGGGAGAGAGGAACUGGAACAAGACGCACACACUAUGUCGGCGCAACCAGCUGCCCUUCAGGUUCACUUCAAGUGGACGCUUCAUGAAGAUUCGCUUCCUCACAGACUCGUCCGUACAGAGCGUUGGCUUCCAUCUUGCGGCACGUGCAGUGUGUGGCGGGACGCUGCACCAACCUGAGGGCUACAUCGCCUCACCCAACUAUCCCAACAACUACCCCCCCGCCCAGAACUGUGAGUGGGUGCUGAGGGUGGGCGUCGGGAGGACCAUCCGCCUCGAGUUUUCUGAGCUCAAGAUUACUAACUCAACGCCGCAAUGUGGAGGGGACUACCUGGUGAUCAAAAAUGGAGAGAGUCAAUCUUCUCCCUUCCUGGAGGGCGGCAAGUUCUGUGGCGUGUCCAUCCCUCAGCCCAUGGAAAGUUCCUCCAAUGCCCUGCGCCUCAAGUUUGUGUCUGACAAUAUAGAUACAGACAAAGGCUUCAAGCUAACCUAUCACGAGGUGUCGGACGCCUGCGGAGGAACCCAUCGCCUCACGCCAGACUUCACUGCCGCCACGCUCACCAGCCCCAACUAUCCCAACUCUCCCGACCCCCACACCGAGUGCACAUGGGUCAUCUUUGCACCCCAAGAAAAGUCUCUCUCUCUGAAUUUUGAGGGACAGUUUCAGAUCCCGAGCUACAUCGGCGCCUGUGACCAAGCCUUCGUGGAGGUUCGUGAUGGGGGGACUGUUUUGUCGCCACUGCUUGGGAAGUUCUGCAGCACCAACCUGCCAGACACACUUCACAGCAGCGGUGAUGUGCUCUACGUCCGCUACUUCAAUAACCUCACACUGCACCACAUAGGUUUCAAAGCCAAGGCUGCAACUGACGUCUGUGGGGGAACAUACACUGUGAUGGAGCCAAGAACCAUCACCACGCCAGGAUACCCAUCGCCUUACGCUGCCAACUUGAACUGCACGUGGACAAUCAUCGCUCCCGCAGGCCACUACCUCACAGCCUCCUUCCCGCAGGUGGAGAUAUCUAGUCCUGACAGCAACUGCACCACCACCAACGGCUUAUUGACAAUCAGAGACCUGAAUGCCACAGGUGAGGUGCUGAGGACUGUCUGCGGAUCCCCGGAAGAGGUGGGUCCCAUCCGAACGCCUUCCAACAGAGCUUAUGUCACCUUCACGGCUGGAACUAAUGAUGGCAAAAAAGGCUUCAGGAUCCUGUUCAACAUGAGCGCAGAAGUGUGUGGUGGAGAAGUAUCCGGGCCUGAAGGGGAGAUCCGCUCGCCUGGGUAUCCACACGGCUAUGCUUCGUGGCGCCAGUGUGAGUGGAUCAUCAUAGGCCCCGUUGGCAAGAGGAUCAAGUUGGAGUUCCUUGACUUUGAUAUGCAGAAUAGAGCUCCAGGCAGAGGACCAACGCAUCGCUGCCGAGACAACAUCAAGAUCUUCAAUGGAGCCCGAACUUUUCCACGAUCGAUGGCCACCAUUUGCGAUCGCCUGAACAAUCCAAGCUACAACUCCAGCCAGAACUCAAUGACGGUGAGAUUCACAACGCGAGGACACUCCAACGCCCGGGGCUUCAGGGCUCGCUGGACCUCAGAGGAUCCUCAAGUUUGUGGAGGAGACCUUGAUGCUGGUGGCGGGGAGCUGUCUGUCCCUGCUCCAGACAACUCAACGGGCCUCACGCACUUCUGUGUCUGGACGCUGAACAACCCAAGCCCCGCAAACUCGUCAUUUGUGGUCUCCUUCAGCCAUUUUGAGAACUUUCAAUAUUGCACUGAUGGUCUUAUAAUUCAAGGAGUGGACAACGAGGGCGAGCCUGAGACGAUAAAGCUGCUCUGCGAGAUCACCACGCCACCGACGCUUGUCGUGCCGUACCACACCCUCAGGAUCGCCUUCAUAAAGUCAAGGUACCAUGGACUUCAAAACCCCAACUGGACCCUGAAUUACUCCAUCAGUCCCUGUGGUGGCAAGCUUCAUGGGCCGCAGGACGUCAUCACUUCACCAAACUUUCCCUCCAACUACCCCAACAAUGCCCACUGUUCCUGGCUCUUCCGCUACAGCGAAGGAGAGCAGAUUGAUUUCCAAUUUACAUCUUUUGACCUUGAGAAUGCCAUCCACCAUGACUUUGUGACAGUGUAUAAUGGCCGACAUGCCUCAUCACCAAUGUUGGGUCGCUACACUGGCAAUGAAAACCCCGGCAAUGUUGGCCGCUCUAUGACCAACAGCCUGCUGGUGGAGUUCCACACAGACGACUCCACCACCAGACAGGGAUUCAGGGCAGUGGCUGCCAGACAUAUUAGAGGCUGUGGAGGUAACUUCCAUGGGCAAACGGGAAAUCUCUCGUCUAAAAACUUCCCAUCUGACUAUGAGGCAAACACCGAGUGUGAGUGGUUGAUAGACACUCCAGCUGGGUACCAUGCUGUACUCACCUUCACCACACAGUUUGACAUAGAGACAAGCACCAGCUGCCAGAAUGACUAUGUGGAGGUGUCUCAUGCCGAGCACACUGACCCUCAUGCGCCGGUACAGUGGCUGAGUGAUGGCAAGCUGUGUGGCAAGCAGCUGCCUCAACCCAUCAUCUCAAGUGGCAGUCAAGUGAAGCUUCUUUUCCACUCCAACGAGGCCGUGCAGGGCAGUGGCUUCCAGGUAUCUUGGCAGAUGCAUUGUGGGAAUAAUUUCACACAACCAAGUGGCUACGUGGUGAGUCCCGGCCACCCCAACAACUAUCCUCCCUUUAUGAACUGUCAAUAUCGGAUUGUUGCUGGCCCGGAGGCCUACGUCACCAUCCAGUUCCUCUCCUUUGAGUUGGAGUGGGCUCAGCGAUGCAACUAUGACUUUGUGACGGUGAGCGAGGAGACCGUGAGGCCAGGGGGGAGGUGGAGGAGGUGGAGGUCUCCGAGGAGGAGGAGAUCUUGGGGGCCUUACUGUGGCAGGGAUCUACCCAACAAUCUUACCACACGUGGCACCACCGUCAUCGACUUCGUCUCAGAUUAUGUCAUAGAGAGGCCAGGCUUUGUGCUUAAAUACACAAUUAAAGAUUGUGGCGGGAACCUGAGCGCUCCAGGAGAAAUAAAGCUGCCAACAAACCCGGGGUACCAUAACUUAAUGAAUUGUGUGUGGAACAUUACAGCACCGGAAGGGAAGGUGCCACACAUCAAGUUCCAGCAGCUGGUCCUGGAGUCCCACAGGCAGUGUCGUUUUGAUAGUGUGAGUGUGUACGAAGGACACUCCAAUGCCCAGGAGAAUAUGGUGGCUCGGUUUUGCGGUGACCACACUUCAGAUCUGCCGGUGGUGACAACACGAGGCAACAAGGCACAAGUUGUGUUCAAGUCAGAUCAUUCUGUCACAAGGGAAGGUCUCUGGGCCUCUAUAGAGUUCACAUACGCUUGUGGUGGAAAUGUGAACAUUUCAGCCGAUGGCGCCUCGCACACCAUCAGGUCCUUCUCUCUCCCCAAUUCUGUCAAUUAUGAGCCAUUACUGCAGUGUUCAUGGCUGGUGGAAGGCCUUGAGGAUCAGGUGGUGACCCUGACCUUCACAAGACUUGAGCUGGAGCCGCCAGGAGUGAAUGACACCGACCCGUGUCCUCAUGACCGUGUGGAGAUCUAUGAUGGACCGUCAUCCACAUCCACCUUAAUAUCAACCCACUGCAACAGCACCUCCAUCCCUGCGCCCAUAUCCUCAUCCACUAAUGUGAUGUUCAUCCGCUUCAUCUCCGACAGCACCAACCAGUUCCCGGGAUUCACAGCCACGGUCACCAACACCCCUCACCCCUGCGGUGCCUCCAAUCUGCACGCCACCAAUGAGACUCAGGUGCUACAGUCUCCCGGGUACCCCACCCAGUACCCCACAAGCACUCGCUGCCGCUGGAUCAUCUCGGCCCCAGAGGAAGACGACACUGUCCAUCUGGAUAUCCAUGACAUGAACCUGGAAGCAUCCCCGCGCUGUGCCAAGGAUCAGCUCUUCAUCUUGGAGUACGUCCCUUUUGAGACGCAGGUCAUACACACUGGCCACAGAACUCCCUUCUUCCUGGACAUUGGAGGCACAACAGCAUCCUUUUUUUACGGGUCCCGGUUGAAACAUGGGUAUUGUGGCAACACCUUCCCCCACCACCUCACCUCUUCCACCAAUGCAGUGGAGCUGAGGUUUAUCAGUGAUGCUUCCACAGUCUCGUCUGGCUUCAGACUUCACUACUCAUUAGGAGGAUGCAACAGAACCUUCAACGCCACCUCGGGCACCGUCAAGUCUCAGGGUCCAGCCACCUGCCACACCACCUUCACGGCACCACAGGGAUCCUUCAUCAAUCUUUACUUCCGCAUAUCUCGCAUUCCUAACAGAGGCGACAACUGCACCACCACCAACUCCUUAAGCGUAUAUGAUGGCACUCAGUCCUCUUCACCACUGUUGCUGUUCACCUGUGGAUACGGACGUACCAAUCCAGUGUUUUCUACAGGAAAUGCACUUUACCUGGCGUAUGCUAGUCAGAGAUACGGACGCCUUGAGCUUACCUACACCACUUCCAGCAAGGGUGGUGGUUGUGGAGGAGCAAUGCACACUAGUUCACACAGUGUGUUGACCAGCCCAGGCUAUCCAGAAGCUGCUCAGCCUAACCAGGACUGCCUCUUCACCCUCACAGUCCAGCCUGACCAGCACCUCAUCCUCCGCUUACAAUCUGUUGACUUCAGUGGAGCCGGAGGCUGCAACACCACCUACCUGGAGGUGUAUGAAGUGGACACAGCUGGAGAAUCAACACUAUUUAACACCCUCUGUGGGGAUGAAGGUUUGAUAGCUCCCCGCGUGGCCUCCAGCAGCAGGGUGGCUCUACGCUACGUCACUGGCCCAAGCAACAUCACCGGCCAGGGAUGGGUGGCACACAUCUCCCAGGGGCAGCGACAGGAACCCACAGAGUUAAACGGAGAGGAAUGAAGAUGAUGUGGAAAAUACUCACGUUCCCGAUUCAUUGUAGCAACACCUUGCCUGGGCGGCCUCCUCAGGAUGUCACCUGUCCACCAGCAGCAACUCAAGCACUCCCACUGAAUUGAUGAGGCUUUAUUUAUUGCUUGUUGUGAGUUGGUCAAGGUGUUGCCCUCUGGUCUUACACUUUUUGUCUACUUUGCAAAACAGUUUGUUCACAAGUACUCGUAUCAUUUAAAAAAAUGUGAUAAAAUACUUCUUUUAUUUUCGAAAAAAAAUAUUCCUUCUCCUCCGAAUAUAUGGAGUGAAUAUCAAAGAACUUUAAUAAUAUAACAUCAGCUGUUUCUCUAGCCACUCUAAAUCUUGACCCCUUCACUCCGGCAACACCGACGUCAGCGUCCAACGGGCGUCCGACGGCGUCACCGUUAAUCCUCUUCUAAACCUCUUAAUCCUCUUCCAUUUCCUCUUAAUCCUCUUCCAUUUCCUCUUAAUCCUCUUCCAUUUCCUCUUAAUCCUCUUCUAAACCUCUUAAUCCUCUUCCAUUUCCUCUUAAUCCUCUUCCAUUUCCUCUUAAUCCUCUUCCAUUUCCUCUUAAUCCUCUUCCAUUUCCUCUUAAUCCUCUUCCAUUUCCUCUUAAUCCUCUUCCAUUUCCUCUUAAUCCUCUUCCAUUUCCUCUUAAUACUCUUCCAUUUCCUCUUAAUCCUCUUCUAUUUCCUCUUAAUCCUCUUCCAUUUCCUCUUAAUCCUCUUCCAUUUCCUCUUAAUCCUCUUCCAUUUCCUCUUAAUCCUCUUCCAUUUCCUCUUAAUCCUCUUCCAUUUCCUCUUAAUCCUCUUCCAUUUCCUCUUAAUUCUCUUCCAUUUCCUCUUAAUCCUCUUCUAUUUCCUCUUAAUCCUCUUCUAUUUCCUCUUAAUCCUCUUCCAUUUCCUCUUAAUUCUCUUCCAUUUCCUCUUAAUCCUCUUCCAUUUCCUCUUAAUCCUCUUCCAUUUCCUCUUAAUCCUCUUCCAUUUCCUCUUAAUCCUCUUCCAUUUCCUCUUAAUUCUCUUCCAUUUCCUCUUAAUCCUCUUCCAUUUCCUCUUAAUCCUCUUCCAUUUCCUCUUAAUCCUCUUCCAUUUCCUCUUAAUCCUCUUCCAUUUCCUCUUAAUCCUCUUCUAAACCUCUUAAUCCUCUUCCAUUUCCUCUUAAUCCUCUUCCAUUUCUUCUUAAUCCUCUUCCAUUUCUUCUUAAUCCUCUUCCAUUUCCUCUUAAUCCUCUUCCAUUUCUUCUUAAUCCUCUUCCAUUUCCUCUUAAUCCUCUUCCAUUUCCUCUUAAUCCUCUUCCAUUUCCUCUUAAUCCUCUUCCAUUUCCUCUUAAUUCUCUUCCAUUUCCUCUUAAUCCCCUUCCAUUUCCUCUUAAUCCUCUUCCAUUUCCUCUUAAUCCUCUUCCAUUUCCUCUUAAUCCUCUUCCAUUUCCUCUUAAUUCUCUUCCAUUUCCUCUUAAUCCUCUUCCAUUUCCUCUUAAUCCUCUUCCAUUUCCUCUUAAUCCUCUUCCAUUUCCUCUUAAUCCUCUUCCAUUUCCUCUUAAUUCUCUUCCAUUUCCUCUUAAUCCUCUUCCAUUUCCUCUUAAUCCUCUUCCAUUUCCUCUUAAUCCUCUUCCAUUUCCUCUUAAUUCUCUUCCAUUUCCUCUUAAUCCUCUUCCAUUUCCUCUUAAUUCUCUUCCAUUUCCUCUUAAUUCUCUUCCAUUUCCUCUUAAUCCUCUUCCAUUUCCUCUUAAUCCUCUUCCAUUUCCUCUUAAUCCUCUUCCAUUUCCUCUUAAUCCUCUUCUAAACCAUUUAAGAGGAAAUGAAAGAGGAAUUUAGAGGAGGAUUGAGAGGUUUAGCAGAGAAUUAAUCCUCUUCCAUUCUCUCUUGACCCUUUCCAUACCCUGACGCCGAUGUUUGCGUCACAGAUGGAAAGGGUUAAAGUUUCACAUUUUUCACCAUUGUUUCUAAUAGACAUCCUUUCUAGUAAGUUUAAACUAUUUCAUUCAUACAAUAGCAAUUUAUACAGCCCACCCAGGCUCUCCUGUAGCUUGCAGUAUCUGAGAACAUUGACUCCCAUCUUCUGAGGAGUGCCAGGAAGUUAUAAUCAUAAUGUAAAUUGAGGUGAAGCAGAUCGAAAGAAGGUUAUUGAGAGGCUGGCCGAAAGUUACACAGAUGAAAGUAUUUAAUGUGAGGGGAAGGAAAGAGGGAAUGUUGAGGAUGUAUGGAAGACUUGCUGAAAUGUGUUGAGGAUGCAUGGAAGACUUGCUGAAAUGUGUUGAGGAUGCAUGGAAGACUUGCUGAAAUGUGUUGAGGAUGCAUGGAAGACUUGCUGAAAUGUGUUGAGGAUGCAUGGAAGACUUGCUGAAAUGUGUUGACGAUGCAUGGAAGACUUGCUGAAAUGUGUUGAGGAUGGAUGGAAGACUUGCUGAAAUGUGUUGAGGAUGGAUGGAAGACUUGCUGAAAUGUGUUGAGGAUGGAUGGAAGACUUGCUGAAAUGUGUUGAGGAUGGAUGGAAGACUUGCUGAAAUGUGUUGACGAUGCAUGGAAGACUUGCUGAAAUGUGUUGAGGAUGUAUGGAAGACUUGCUGAAAUGUGUUGAGGAUGUAUGGAAGACUUGCUGAAAUGUGUUGAGGAUGUAUGGAAGACUUGCUGAAAUGUGUUGAGGGUGCAUGGAAGACUUGCUGAAAUGUGUUGUGGGUGCAUGGAAGACUUGCUGAAAUGUGUUGAGGAUGCAUGGAAGACUUGCUGAAAUGUGUUGAGGAUGCAUGGAAGACUUGCUGAAAUGUGUUGAGGAUGCAUGGAAGACUUGCUGAAAUGUGUUGAGGGUGCAUGGAAGACUUGCUGAAAUGUGUUGAGGAUGCAUGGAAGACUUGCUGAAAUGUGUUGAGGAUGCAUGGAAGACUUGCUGAAAUGUGUUGAGGGUGCAUGGAAGACUUGCUGAAAUGUGUUGAGGAUGCAUGGAAGACUUGCUGAAAUGUGUUGAGGAUGCAUGGAAGACUUGCUGAAAUGUGUUGAGGAUGUAUGGAAGACUUGCUGAAAUGUGUUGAGGAUGCAUGGAAGACUCACUGAAAUGUGUUGAGGAUGCAUGGAAGACUUGCUGAAAUGUGUUGAGGAUGGAUGGAAGACUUGCUGAAAUGUGUUGAGGAUGUAUGGAAGACUUGCUGAAAUGUGUUGAGGAUGGAUGGAAGACUUGUUGAAAUGUGUUGAGGAUGCAUGGAAGACUUGUUGAAAUGUGUUGAGGAUAUAUGGAAGACUUGCUGAAAUGUGUUGAGGAUGGAUGGAAGACUUGUUGAAAUGUGUUGAGGAUGCAUGGAAGACUUGCUGAAAUGUGUUGAGGGUGCAUGGAAGACUUGCUGAAAUGUGUUGUGUAUUCACAUAAUAUAAGUGUGGUGAAGUACUCCACUGUGUACUUCCUUAGCCUUAGUAUGGCACUACUGACGUGUUCUACAGGUACUACCAGACACCAUCUAAGUGAAUGAAUGUAUCUCCUUACCAACAAUAAACUUUUCCACACAAA